GUGUUUUCUGGCACUCCUCGUCAUCCAGAGAAGCCCCCGCCAUUUUCAAACGAACGGUCUCUGCUCGAAAGAACAGCAGCAACCAUGGAGUCUCGCACGCUCUUCCUCCACUCCGUCGCCUUCCCUCCAUCUCCUUCUCCUUCUCCUUCUUCUCGUCCUUCUUCUUUGCUACUCGCCGUCAGUUUGAGGUCCGUCUGUUUCAGAAACCGAGCUCUCCUCAGUCGGUGCUCCGUCGCCUCCCGGACCGCCUCCGCCGGCGGCGGCGGCGGCGGCGAGCCGUCCUCCGCUCGCUUCCAGAGCCUCAGGGUCCUGGAGUGGGACAAGCUCUGCGAUUCCGUCGCCUCGUUCGCCGGCACCUCGCUCGGCCGGGAAGCCGCUAAGGCUCGGUUGUGGUCUCUGGAUCAGACGUACGAGGAGAGCAUGAGGCUGUUGAGCGAAACCAAUGCGGCCGUGGAAAUGCACCGACUUGGCGGGUUCAGCUUGGACUUCAGUGGCAUCGAUGCUGCUCUGGUCAAGUCUGCAAUUCAGCGUGCUCGGAGGGACUCACCCAUGAGCGGACAUGAAGCAAUAGCGGUUGCAUCUCUAUUGCAAUUUGCUGAUACUCUACAGCUGAAUCUACGAGCUGCAAUCAAGGAAGAUGCGGAUUGGCAUAGACGCUUCAUGCCUUUGAGUGAAGUGAUUCUGGAAUUCAUAGUAAAUCGAGCUCUUAUUAAGUUGAUACAGCAAGUCCUUGAUGAAGAUGGCUCUGUUAAAGACUCCGCUAGUCCUUUGCUUAAACGGUCACGUGAACAAGUGCGGAUGCUUGAAAAGAGGCUACAUGAGUUGAUGGAUAAAUUAAUGAUGAAUGAUAGGAAUGAGUCAUCCUUCCAAGAAGUGAGUAAUGUCAAUGGAAGAUGGUGCAUAAAGUCCGGAAUGGAUAAGCUGACAAAUUUGAAUGGUCUACUGAUAUCCAGUGGUUCAGGGAAUGGAAAUAUUAUAGAGCCACUUGCUGCCGUUCCUUUAAAUGAUGAGCUGCAACGAGCAAGAGGAUCGGUGGCAAAGGCAGAGGAAGAUGUGCUUCUAAUGUUAACAAAGAAGAUGCAAAUGGAUCUUGAUGAAACUGAAAUUUUGCUGAACAGAAUAAUCCAACUGGAUAUGAUAAAUGCUCGAGCUACUUAUAGUCUUUCAUAUGGGGGCACAUGUCCUGAUCUGCUUCUACAAGAGGAGAAGAGUAGAUUGCUCGACGCUGAAACAUCCUUGUCAGAGCACAAAAUUUCAAAAUCAUCAAACUCCAUGGAAUGGAUGUUGUUUUUGCCUAAAGCUUAUCAUCCCUUGUUGGUCCAGCAGCAUAGACUAAAUCUGCGCAAGGCCCGAAAGGAUCUCAGCAGUGCUGCUGCAGAAAUAGGAAGGAGGAAAAUGGCAGCAGGAAUGUCAAUUAAAGGAGAGUCAGAGAUUGAUAUUGUAGCCCUGAAAGAGCGGGUUGCAGCCAUCGAACAAGCUAAGCCAGUCGCAGUUGAUUUUUUCAUUUCCAGGGAGACUAAGGUUUUGGUCAUUACUGGCCCUAAUACUGGUGGGAAAACUGUAUGCCUUAAAACAAUUGGCUUGGCAGCUCUGAUGGCAAAAUCAGGCCUAUACAUCUUGGCAGCUGAAUCUGUACGGAUCCCUUGGUUUGAUUCUGUCUUUGCUGAUAUUGGUGAUGAACAGUCUUUGUCCCAAUCUUUAUCUACCUUCUCUGGACACUUGAAACAAAUCAGUGACAUUCAAUCAAAAUCAACAAAACAGUCGUUAGUGCUACUAGAUGAAGUUGGUGCGGGAACAAAUCCUCUAGAAGGAGCAGCUCUGGGAAUGUCACUGCUGGAAUCUUUUGCCAAUGGUGCUCUUUUGACAAUAGCUACAACCCAUCAUGGUGAACUGAAAACCCUGAAAUACAGCGCUGCUAGCUUCGAAAAUGCUUGUAUGGAGUUUGAUGAAGUAAAUUUAAAGCCUACUUACAAGAUUCUCUGGGGAAUUCCAGGGCGUUCGAAUGCCAUCAGUAUAGCUGAAAGAUUGGGACUGCCUGGCACAAUUGUCAAUGAUGCUCGUGAACUGUAUGGUUCAGCAAGUGCGGAGAUAAAUGAGCUCAUUACUGAUAUGGAAAAAUACAAGCAGGAAUUCCGUGAGCUGCAACGUGAUUCACAAUCUUACCUAAUGCUCGCGAGGGACCUUCACAGAAAAUUGUUGGCCGCGCGGAGGAGGAUUGAGGAACAACGUAUUGCUCAAAAGAAUAAGAUGUUUAGAGAAAUAUCAGAGGCUGCUGCAGUGGCACGCUCAAUUCUCCAUAAGAGAGUGCGGGAGUUUCGUGCAUCCCAAGUGCAGCGCUUCCAGCCAAUUGGAGUAAAAACAAGCCCGAAGUCAUUGGCUGCCAAGCGCCAACAUAGUAUAGAUGAAGACAGCAAAGAUCUUGUGCAAAGGAAAAGUACAAUCCCGUCUGAACCUCUCAAGCAAUCAUCUUUAGAGAAAAAAUCUGAGCUUCCAGUAGUUGGUGCAAUGAUACAUGUUCCAUCCCUUGGGAGGAAAGCAACGGUUCUGAAAGUGGACUGCUCUAAGAAAGAGAUCGUUGUUCAAGCUGGCAAUAUGAAGUUGAAAUUAAAAUUGAACGACUUUCAGACAUGAUGUUAAAUUCAGGCCCAUGGUCUCCUGUUGUGGUCUAGACUUGCUAUGCUGCCGAGUAAUCUGGAAUGGAUUCCAGUGCCCCCAAGAUAUCAGUGCAUAGGAAAAAAGAUUCCCAUCGUCAUGUCAUUCAUUGUGAAUGGCGGGAUGUAGAACAAAGAUAUCAAAGCCAUAAGUUGAAGAAUGUGAUGGAAAAGGCUGAAAGGUUCGAACGAGCGCUCUCUACUCUCACAUCGUUACACUAUACUGUUGCCAGAUUUCCACUGUAACCGAAGAAAAUUUCCUCUUUAUUAAUGAUGAACUGGAAGACGGGGAAUCUUAGCAGCGAAUUAAAGAUAUGGUUGAGGACUGGGGUCAACUGGAGCUUUAACGUAGUGAAGAGUCAUGGGAGUCUCACUGCACAUGUUCCAUGGGUCCGUAGGUUAUAUGGUUGUGACUCAAUGCUUGUUGAGCAUCUCCGGCUUCCAUUCAAUGUCUUAUCUAUUUAUGAAGGAAAAGUGGUUAUCAGUUCACAAGAGUGGAUGCUUCAGGCUUUUAAUAGGAGGUUUUGGACCGUUUAAGUUCGCAUCAGGACAACUUGCAGUGUCGAGAUUUGGUUGAAUCAACCAGGAGACGACAUCCUCAAGUCUUUGCAGAAGAGGCUUCUCUAGAGAUAAGUUGCAUCGUUUAGAAUCGGUCCAACUAAAUAAAACUUGAUUAACUACAAAAAGUCGUUCAGUUGUGCAUUGGCGAAUUUUCAGACAAUCUGGGUCUAAUCCAUUACUUUUUAGAUGGGCAUCUAGGUCCUUGAACCUCUUCUGGUGUUGGACCAAUCACCAAAUUUUCCAGGUUUCUUGUUGAUAGGAAUUUCCUAGAUAGCACAUCUAUUGUUCCCCUUGUUUUCGGAACCAUGGUAGACAAAAGAAGAAGCUUU